UUAGUACUUUUUUAGUAAUUGUUCUCAUACUCUAAUAUUUUUCCUUCAAUCCAUUUUACACAUUAGUUUUGUUUGUAAUCAAGUAUUUGCAAUGAUUUAAGUUGGCGUUACAUAGACCUAAAUACAAGGUCUUCCAGGGUUUUUCUUUGUAGAAUUUGUUGUAUGUGCAGGUAGUUUAAGAGUUAAGAAUGGGAGGAAUAGGUAUAGUACAUUCCUAAUUCUUGACAAACUAUAUUUAAGAUAGCUUGUGGUUUGAAACAGCAUGAAUUAUAUAAAAGGAAUAGAUUCAUCUAAUAAUAGAUGUUUUGAUUGAUCAAUUUUUUGCUAUUUGGGUAAUGCAUGUGUUCUUAGUUUAGUUGAACCAUUAGUAAGCAUACGAUUCCUUUACAUUACACUUUGUUAAUCUACAUGAUUGUCCCACAGAUGGAAUCACGUUUGCCUAAACCAAAAAUUGUUUUGACAGACUCUAUUAAUUUUAAAUCGACUAAUACCUCAGACAUGAAUAAGACAAAAGCUUCCAAAAGUGGUAAUGAACAGUCUCAUUCAAAUAUCAAUAAUGCAUCUGAAAUGUUGAAAAAGGCACAAAGUGUAGCGAACCUCGAUUUAAAAAGUACCAUAAAAGAUAAACCUAUGAUGAAGGAGAACCUCGCUAGAUCGAAAACGAUGUCGUCGAUAACAACUAGAACUUUGAAAAGACCAGCUACUACAAACAUUGUACAUGCAGUUAAAAAGCCAUUUAUUAAACCUGUUUCUAAAGCAGGAGCUGUACAACAAAAUGCUACAUCAACAGGCAAGAUUGUUAAUAGCACUGUAUCAGUUACAGCAGUUAAAAACACACAAAGUAACUGUGCAACCAAACCAAAUAAGUGGGAUAUUAAGGGUCGCUUGGCCCACACAACCAAUGAAUUAUCUACCUUACGAGGAAAGUAUAAAGAUACCGCAUUGAAACUUAACAUGCUGCAGGAACAGGUGAAUACUUUAGAAGCAAAUACAAAUGUGUAUAAGUUAAAGGUAGAAGAAUAUGAAACUUUAAACAAGAGAUUAGAUGAUGAACUCAAGGAAUUGAAAGUAGCAAUGAGUACCAUAGAAGAAGAAAGAGAGAAUUUGAAUAAACAUUUGUUGGAAUCCAGAGAAUCGUUUAAUUCUGUCUCAAAAUGUUUAGAAGAAUUUAAACAAAAGUGCUUGUCUCAAGAAGCAUUACUAUUGAAGCAUACAUCUACCAUAGAAAAUCAACAAACAGAUUUGGAAAAGCAGGAAAGGAUUAUCAAAGAAUUAAGUACAGUCAAUAGUGAAUUACAGUCUUUAGUUCAUACAAUGGACAAGGAUCGUAGAUGUCUACAUAAUGCGAUACAGGAAUUAAAAGGAAAUAUUCGAGUAUUUUGCCGGGUGCGUCCUAGAACUUCAAGUGAAAUCCAGAAAGGGAAAAUGAUGUGUAUAAUGAACUUCGUUGAUGAGUCCACUAUCGAGGUGGGUAAGUUAGAUGGUUCUGAUGCAACGAGUUGUAGUGGAAAGCUAAGAGGAAUGCGACAAGAAUUUUCCUUCGACAAAGUUUUUCCACCUAAUACCAGCCAACAAGAUGUCUUCGAAGAGUUAGCUCUUUUAGUUCAAUCUGCUUUAGAAGGAUAUAAUGUUUGUGUAUUUGCAUAUGGUCAGACUGGUUCAGGUAAAACGUUUACGAUGGAAGGUUCACCUGGAACUGAUACAGAGGGCAUGAUACCUAGAACGGUACGACACAUAUUCAAAGAAAUGAAGCAGUUCCAAUUACUUGGCUGGGAGUACCGAAUUGAAGCUAGUUUCCUUGAGAUUUAUAAUGAGCAUAUCGUUGAUUUACUUGAUUCUCAAGUAAAAACACACGAAAUCCGAAUGACUGAUAGUAAAGGACACGAUUUAUAUGUUAGCAAUCUUAAAAUUGAGGAAAUAAAUAGUCCUGAAAAACUACACGAAUGCCUUCUAAACGCCCAACGUAAUAGAGCAGUCGCGGCUACUUUAUCCAAUGAACGAUCAUCAAGAUCGCAUUCGGUAACAAGAAUAAAACUUAUCGGUUUACAUAAAAGUAAAGGAGAAGUUUCGAUAGGAAAUUUGAAUUUAGUAGAUUUAGCGGGUUCUGAAAGACUGAAAGGGGAGGAAUCAGCUCGAAAUGCCGAAACAAAAAAUAUUAACAAAUCGCUAGCGAAUUUAGGUAAUGUAAUUCUUGCUCUGUUGAAGAAGCAGGAACAUAUACCUUACAGAAAUUCGAAGCUUACCCAUUUGUUAAUGCCGUCUCUGGGUGGCAAUUCUAAAACCUUAAUGUUACUAAAUAUAUCGCCUUUAAACGAAUGUUACAAUGAAACUUUGAAUUCGUUGAGGUUCGCCAACAGUGUGAAUAGUUGCAAGAUAGGUAAUGUAAAGCGAACACGUACAGUUCUACAACAGAGUCUACAAUAAACUCUAACGAAUUCUAUGUCGCUGUGGUACUAGUUAAUCUUAGAAGAGUGAAAGUUUUAUUAACCCUUUGCGGUUUUAUGUCGAAAAUGUACUCAAAUCAGGAAAUGGUACUGAGCAAUGUGGCAACUGUUGUUGACGAACAGCGAUUAACACUGUUCAAUGAAUUUUAUACUUUUAUAUUUCGAGAUAUUUUCUUUUAAUAAUUACACGCGAAGCGAUAUAUAAACAUUAUAUUUGUUUGUAAGUUUGAGUUAGGUAGAAAUUUAAUAGUAUUUAAAAAGGAUGCGGUAAAUUUCCUCACCAUUCUAUAGGUAUUACCGUGGUGCAAUAUAGUUUUUUAAAUUUUAAUGUGGAAAAGAAAACACAAUGUAACAACGAUGUAAUUCACAAUAAAAAUAAACACAAAACAUAAAAAUAAUGAUGAAACUUAUGCGUAAGAUUUACCCUGGAG